CUUUCUUUGCUGCGUCUACUGCAAGAAUGAAGACAAUUCUCAGCAAUCAGACUGUCGACAUUCCAGAAAAUGGUAUGAGACUUGAUGUCUUUUUCAGUAUGUCUUUACUACACGUUCCAAGCGUUGUGUGGCCUGACGAGUGUGUUCUCUCUUCUAGUCGACAUUACUCUGAAGGGACGCACAGUUAUCGUGAAGGGCCCCAGAGGAACCCUGCGGAGGGACUUCAAUCACAUCAAUGUAGAACUCAGUCUUCUUGGAAAGAAAAAAAAGAGGCUUCGGGUUGACAAAUGGUGGGGUAACAGAAAGGAACUGGCUACCGUUCGGACUAUUUGUAGUCAUGUACAGAACAUGAUCAAGGGUGUUACGCUGGGCUUCCGUUACAAGAUGAGGUCUGUGUAUGCUCACUUCCCCAUCAACGUCGUAAUCCAGGAGAAUGGGUCUCUUGUUGAAAUCCGAAAUUUCUUGGGUGAAAAAUACAUCCGCAGGGUUCGGAUGAGACCAGGUGUUGCUUGUUCAGUAUCUCAAGCCCAGAAAGAUGAAUUAAUCCUUGAAGGAAAUGACAUUGAACUUGUUUCAAAUUCAGCGGCUUUGAUUCAGCAAGCCACAACAGUUAAAAAUAAGGAUAUCAGGAAAUUUUUGGAUGGUAUCUAUGUCUCUGAAAAAGGAACUGUUCAGCAGGCUGAUGAAUAAGAUCUAAGAGUUAUCCAGCUACAGAAAGAAGAUGCCAGAUGACUCCUAAGACCUACUUGUGAUAUUUAAAUGAUGCAAUAAAAGACCUGUUGAUUUGGAGCUUC